GCGAUUUAUGGAACGUGCAAAGAAACAGAGGGUGACUUGCUGGCAGGAGCGCUCCAGGUGCCAGAGCUGCCUGGCUCCGGCUGCAGGGCAUUAGGACCCAGGGGUUGCCGAGUGGAGGAGGCUGAAUUCCCUCCCGCUGUCAUCCUCCUGCCUCUGCAGCUUUAUCCCUACAGCCUUCAAUGGUGACGGACUCCCUCCCACCCGGGCUGGCAGCCAGAGCCACAAGGCCUCGCUAGGAGCGGAUCCCUGCGGCUCCAUGGCAUCUCCCAGGACUAUCACCAUCGUCGCCCUCUCGGUGGCCCUGGGGCUCUUCUUCGUCUUCAUGGGGACCAUCAAACUGACCCCUCGGCUCAGCAGAGAUGCCUACAACGAGAUGAAACGAGCCUACAAAAGCUACGUGCGGGCCCUGCCCAUGCUGAAGAAGAUGGGGGUCAGCUCCAUCCUCCUGCGCAAGACCAUCGGCGCCCUGGAAGUGGCGUGCGGCAUCGUCAUGACGCUGGUGCCCGGCCGCCCCAAAGACGUGGCCAACUUUCUGCUGCUCCUCCUCGUGCUGGCUGUGCUCUUCUUCCACCAGCUGGUGGGGGACCCCCUGAAGCGCUACGCCCACGCCCUGGUGUUCGGGAUCCUGCUCACCUGCCGCCUGCUCAUCGCCCGCCAGCCCGAGGAGCUGCCGCCCGACAAGAGGAUGCUGUCGGUGAACGGGGAUGAGCAGCCGCUCAUCCACGAAGCAGCUCCCGAGAAAGGCAAAGUGAAGGUAUCCUAGCUGAGUGCCUGUGAGAAACACGGACCCUCGAGGCAGCUCUCUCCAAAAUCACCCGGAAGAAUUUGCUUUUUAUUUUAAACCUAUUUGCGUUUUUUUUUUUUUUUUUUUUUUUUUUUUUUGUCUGUCUAAAUAAAGUUGCACUUGGGGUCUGAGAGAUACAAAGUACAUCUACACCGUAGUCUUGCUUUUGCUGCUGCCCUGUAAUGUAGAAAAACACGAGCCAGCUUUCCCGGGGACAGCUUGGAGGCAGGCAGCAACCUGGCUGGAUUAGUCCCUGAGCCCAGCCCCGAGCCCCAGAGCUGGCCUGGCUGCUGCUGUCUGGCAGUGUGGAACAGCAGCUGGGCAGGACAUCAGCAGUGUCCCUGUGCUGGCCUGUGCAGCCUCACCCACACACCUGCAUUUCCUUUUCCAUAGUCGAGGGGUAGAAGGGACCCUGCUGACUGUAAAAGGGCAGCUGGUUGUGUUGGAGAGAGGGAUCCCUUUGCUUUCGCUGCCUCUGUGCCCAGUCCUUUCUUUGGACUGGUUAUCCAGGGAAAAUUGAGAUGUUCUGUUUGCAUCUUCCUUGAUUUCCACUCAGAGGCUCCAAAACUGGGACAAAGGCCUGAUAGCAGUAAUAUUGUGCCUGCUUCACACGAGGCAGUGGCAUCUCUUUACCCUUCUUGGCAGAGAGGAGGGAUCCCUGAGGGGGGGAUAGGGAGCAGAACAGCCCAAAGAACUCCAAAAUAUCUGUCUGAUAUCGGCAAAUAGCAUCGUGCUCCCCAGUUCCUUGCAAGAAAAAACCUUUUUUUUCUUCCACAGCUACUGUGACUCUAUAGAAUUGUUGUUUAUUGCUGGUAGAUGAGGGUCUGAACAAUUCCAGGUACCUCAUUGCUCAUCCCACAUAGAGCCUCGGUGAGCUGGGAGAACUCCUGUUACCAGAGCCUGAACCCCUGUGUUGUAUCUGAAAUCUUGGAGUGUCAUAAGGAGCAUGUGUUACCUCUGAAUUUGUCCGGUUUUCUUAAUGUUUGUCUGUUUUCAGUUUUUCCUGAUUUUUUUUUUUUUAAUUAUUCAUGAAAAUAAACUUUUUGAAAUUUGGAGAAAAA